AUGCAGGGCCGGAAACGGCGGAAGACGACUCAGGAUCUUCCGGCUGUGCGCUGCCAGCAGGCUCGCGAGCCGACCGGGCUCGCCAGGAAAGCAGGAAGGGGCGACGAAGCCGUGCUGAAUCGCAGCACGACGGCCGGAUCGAUGCGCCUGAUUCUGGCGGGCGAGGAUGCAACAGGCAGAAAACCUCCUGCACCGCUCCGGACUCCGGCAGCACCUACCAGGCAACGGAAGGUCGAGUCCAACGAAGUUCUGGCUGACAGCGACGAUGAGCGACCUUUGAGCACACUAGUUGAUGCUGAAGAUGCCCCCUUGGCGCAGUCCUGUCUUCUGUCGCAACCCCUGGACAGUGCCGAGUUCCCGAUCCGUGUGUACACUGCGGGAGAGGAAGAGGAGGAAUCCGAGGACCCAUGGUCGUCAUGUUCGGAGCCAGAAGAUGCGGACCUCAUCGGUGGCCUGGAGGCUGGCACCACGGAGCUGGUGUGGUGCCGAUCCUCCUUUUGCCGGCCUGGCACCUGGAUUCGCAGACAGAACGCAAGAUACGCAAGAUCCAAGGACUGUGUGCCUCGUUCGGUGUUUGGUGACUUAGGUGUAUCAAGAUACCACUUAUUGGUGCAUUCUUUGCCAUGCUCCAGCUUCCAGAGCCUAGCCGUGUGA